AUGGUUACGCAGGGCAAAAGAAAGAGGUUAGCUAAGGCUACAGUUAGUUCGGAUGCAGAAGACUCCAGGGAAACACAGCGCCCAAGCAAUGAACUAUGUGGAUGGGAUGUCUAUAAUGCUGGAGCAGAGCCACCCGUCAUCGACGAUGCCGUUGCUGAAGACCCAGAAGCUGCCAGAGCGGAACGGGAGCUAUGGGUUUACUUACCCUUUACAGACCAAGAAUUGACGGAUACCACGCUGACCAGCGAGGAGGUCGUAAGGAUGGUAGAACGCGGCUAUCCCGCCCUUGCAACCAGUGCCAUGGCGGACUUCUACCAGUCAGCUCGUGACCACCUGCCUAAAUCGCCGCCGCUCACCAUCUCAGUGCGCGAGAAGCAUCCAACAACAUGGCCACACACAAACGCGUCAAUGGAUGCACAUUGGGGCCAAGCUACCGAUGCGGAGAAAGCCCUUCACCCUCCUGACCAGGUCGACUCCACGGAUGACUUUGCAUGGCUUGAUAUGUCAGAGAGGUUGUUAGUCAAACCCUGUGGGAGCCCCGACGACUCUCUCAUGGUGUUGUCCUCCUAUCCGACUGCUGACGUCAACUCCACUGUGCACUUGGCUUAUGGGACCAACGACGAUAUGUCCAACCAGUCCAUGUGGCUUUUGUACUCAAAGAUGGGUUUCCACGUCGCUGAUAUCAGGGAGCAUUCGAUGUUUCAUGUGGACGUUUUUCCCCGGCGGUUGAAUCGCAAGACCGUGCCUGGGGGUGACAGCUCCCUCAGUCUCCUCCGCCAGCUUCCUGCCGAUCUUCGAUAA